AUGGCCGGCCCUCCACCAUCCGUCGAGCGGCUGCAGCGCGACAUCCUCAACCUGGACACGGCCAUCCGGGGCCGAAUCGACGAGUUGCCGACGAAUUGCCGCUCCGACAAGGAUCUCUACUCGACGACACGGGACCUGCGCGGUCAGCUGCAGGAGAUGAAGAUGAAGAUUGACGAGCUGGUCAAGUUGAAACCGACCAUUGCCAAGAUCGUGCUGGAGGGCGAGCAUUUUGAGCAGCUGAUUGUCGAGUUCCGGAAUUCGAUGGAUUGGAAUAAGAAUGCGCUCGCCCUCGCCGCCACAAAAGUCCGGCAACAGCUCGAGAAGGACGCCCGGGAGCAGCUUUUCGCGCGUGACACCCCCAGCUCUGGCGAUGGCUUGCGGCAUCGAACGACGGAUAUGAAGUCGUCGGAGGCGGACGCGGCUCGGGCAACGGAACGGCUGUCCAGCCUCGUCUCCAAGAUGGGCGAGCGCGCCAACUUUGCCGAGGAGCAUAUGGCUGGUCUGGUCGAGUCGUCAUCACUUUUAUCAAGGGCCGGCACCGAGUUCACCGACCAGGCCACCCACAUCCAAACCGGCCACAAGCUCCUCUCAAAAUUCGAGCGGCGUGAGCUGACCGACAAGGUGCUCGUCCUGCUCGCCCUCUGCUUCUACCUGGUCACCAUCUAUUACAUACUGCACAAGCGCGUCCUGUCCAGGUUCCCCGACGUGUUCUACUACUUGCUACUUUUU